ACUCUCACGAUUCACUGGACUCCUCUUUCGUGCGGUGCCGGUUGGACAAGCAAGGACACUCGAUAUUCGAUCGACGUCGACAAAGACCUUCAUAUCUUAAUACUGUACGGUAGCAACAAGCCAACAUAUAUCCAGCCCUGCCCUGCCAUGAGCACUACAACGGCGCAACGACGAAAGGGAGUUCCCAAGGCGCCUGGUUCCGCCCAGGUUGAUUUAGACGCAUUAUCUCCUGCUCCAGCCAACAACGGCGGACCGGUGGUUGCGGUGGCAACGGUCCGCCGACGAAAGUUUGGGACAUCGCCCUUUGACGAGAGCUGGCUGAAUGUCGAUUGCUGUGGGUUGGUUUGUGCCUUGGUGACGUACUCUCUCCAUUUUUAUGCAGUGUACACAAUAUGCUUUGUCAUGAUUCCGCCUUGGAUGAGUGUGACGGACGAAAACAAGAUUCGAACCAUAACAGCGACGGGAAGAUUCCACCAAUUUGCCUUUACGGCGGUUGCCUUGAUGGCCUGUCUGUCCCAUUUCUAUGCCAUGACUACCAACCCAGGAGCCGUCCCUCCAGAUGCCAAACCCGUCCUCUCUCCGGAAGAAUCCAACAAUGCCACAAAUGGAAGUGGUGAAGAAGAAAAGAAACUCAUCAGCACACAAAAGAAGGGAAUGAGACUCUGUAGACGAUGCAAUGCCUUCAAACCACGACGAGCCCAUCAUUGCAGUGUCUGUCGAAGAUGCAUUAUCAAAAUGGACCAUCACUGCCCCUGGGUCAACAACUGCGUCGGCAUUGGAAACCACAAAUACUUCUUGUUGUUUGUAUUCUACACUUUCCUAUCGUGUGCCUACACAAUAACCAUGUUGAUAUCUUGGUUCGUCAUUUGCAUGCGACACAAUCCCAGUGGACACAGCCGACACGCGAGACAUGGAAUUGCCUGCUUGGACAGCCCAACACAACUGCUGAAUCUACUUGGUCUCGUCGUGGAAGCAGUCCUCUUUGGAAUGUUCACAUCCUGCAUGAUGGUCGACCAGUCCGAUGUAAUAUCUUCCAAAAUGACCCACAUUGAUCGAUUGAAAGGCGGCGGAGAUGUCGGUGUCCCAUCCCUCGGAGGCGUGGCCGAAGUAUUUGGAGUGGGUCCCAGAGGUGGUGGACAUGGCGGCAAUUCAUCUCGCUUCCGAUUCGAUUGGUUUUCACCAUUCGCCAAAGUCAUAUUCCCACCCAAUGUUAGAGACGAUAUCAUGGGAUUCUGCAGGCCGUGUUCCAAGGUCUGCUCGACGGACAAAGAAACAGAAUUGGCACCACAACGGGGAAUGGUUCGAAGUGUCGCCGAAAUUGUUUAGAAAUGGUGAAUUCUACUACUACAGUACUAGUAGAAUAAGCAACUGCACAGCAAGGAAAUCAUCCAUUCGUAGUUUAGCCAACACUACAUGAAAAGCCUACAGUUGCGUCCGAACAACCUUCAAUAGCAAAGGCAUAUCCUUCUUUUCAAUCAUGAGCAUGUCACUCUGCCUCUGGCCG